CGGCAUCGGCCCCUCUGUUCUUCUCAAGGCGACUGCAACAACCACAGGUGUUCCUGGGGCAAUGGCGGAGCAGCACAGCGCGCCGGAACAGGCUGCCGCCGGCAAGAGCCACGGAGGCCUCGGGGGCGGCUACAAGGUGAUCGUGUAUGAAAUGGAGAACUUCCAGGGCAAGCGGUGCGAGCUCUCGGCCGAGUGCCCCAACCUGACAGAAAGCCUGCUGGAGAAGGUGGGCUCCAUCCAAGUGGAGUCGGGGCCGUGGCUGGCAUUUGAGCGCAGGGCCUUCCGCGGGGAGCAGUAUGUCCUGGAGAAGGGGGAUUAUCCUCGCUGGGACGCGUGGUCCAACAGCCACCGCGGUGACAGCCUCCUGUCCCUCCGGCCCCUGCAAAUUGAUGGUCUGGAUCACAAGCUGCAUCUCUUUGAGAACCCGGCUUUCGGCGGCCGCAAGAUGGAGAUAGUGGAUGAUGACGUGCCCAGCCUCUGGGCUCACGGCUUCCAGGACCGUGUGGCGAGCGUCCGGGCCAUCAACGGGACGUGGGUUGGCUACGAGUUCCCCGGCUACCGUGGCCGCCAGUAUGUGUUUGAGCGGGGUGAGUACCGCCACUGGAACGAGUGGGACGCCAACCAGCCACAGCUGCAGUCUGUGCGCCGUAUCCGCGACCAGAAGUGGCACAAGCGGGGCUGCUUCCUCAGCAGCUGAAGGGCGCCCAGGCCCCAGUGGCCCAGGCCCGCCCUGGGGGGCAGCAAGGGCAAGAAGAGGCGGCUCCAGGGCCGGGGUGAGGGCCUGUCUGGCCACCCUUCCCCAGAAUCUGCUCAAUAAAGCCUGGGGCCGGUCCCCCACCUGCCA